AUGCUGGUGCAAAAUGCCAUCACGCCCAUCGUGUUCAGAUACGCUACAACGGGUGCUAGAGAAGAGGAUAGAUUCAGCACCGUGGUGUCCAUCGGUUGCCAGGAGGGCCUGAAACUAGUGAUGUCCUUGGGCUUGGUGAUCUUGGAGCAUGGAGGUCUACGAGGAACGUUCAAAGCGUUGCUGGCAAUAGAGUUUGGCGACUCUAUCCGACUGGCUGUGCCGGCGCUUCUCUUUGUUUUCCAAAACGCA